CAGACAGAGUGAGAGGGGAGGGGAAGCUCAGAAAGACAGCAGAAAACAGACGCCGGAUCGCGAGACCGCACAGGAAGAGGAACAGACGCAGCCGUAUCGCUUCACCUACUGCGAUUUUAUUAGGAGAUAGAAACGCCGAUUCAAAGUAUCGAUUCUACGUCACCUAUCGUUUGCAUUGCAUCAGAUAUGAUUUUACAGAACAGAACUCCAGACAGAAACGUUUAAACUUGCAGCGUAGCGAUCAUCUGGAAGUCUUGAAUAGCCUAAUCAGUUAAGUUUAGGUCAAGAAAGUGGACACAAGUAUUACGGUUAUUGACAAUUAUAUACAUUGAAAAUGUUUGUGUUUGAACGCCUUGGUGAGUGACGACAAAAGUCCGGAUUGGAUCGUCUUCGUCAGUCCCGGUUUUGGAGACGUGACGUCACUCCGCAACUGCAGACGCGGUUAAUUAUCACGGCAAGAUUGUUUUGUCAGAUAAGCUACAUACCGGAUACACUAUAUACCGGACCAGAGCUCUCGCCAGUCAUGAAGGGUGACCAGUUCUUCUCCAGUCUGGGCAGUGCCACCUUCUACCACAGGGUGUUCCUCCUGGGAGGAGAGGAGCUGCAGGUGCUGCGGAGCCCUGUGGAGGAGCCCGCUCUGGGAGACAGCUUCCGCCAGAUCACCGACUUCAAUGACCUGCCCACCUCCCUUUUCGCCUGCAAUGUGGACCAGUCUGUGUUCCAGGAGCAGGAAGGCAAGGAAGUGUUUGAGGCCCUGUUCCAGGCGUACGAUGACAGAGUGACCUUCCAGCAGUUUAAGAGUUUCCGCCGCAUGCGCAUCAACUUCAGCAGCUCCAAGGCUGCCGCCAGCGCCCGUAUUCAGCUGCACGAAACACCCUUCAGAGGGAAGAAGCUCAAACUCUACUUCGCACAGGUCCAGAACCCAGCGUUGGAGGGAGAGAACCUCCACCUGGCCCCGCCCCAGCCCUCCAAACACUUCCUCAUCUCUCCGCCUGGCUCCCCUCCCAUUGGCUGGCAGCAGAUGGAGGAGGCCACGCACGUCAUCAACUAUGACCUGCUGUGCGCCGUCGCCAAGCUGGGUCCAGGUGAGAAGUUGGAGCUGCACCCAGGAACAGACUCCACCCCCAGUGUGGUGGUGCAUGUAUGCGACAGUGUCAGGGAGAAGGAGCCUGAGAAGGGGGGGGAGCCUAAAAUGACCCCGCGACCCCGGAUCGUCCAGACACGCCGGCCAGACCUGCCCCCCUGCCCCCCUGCCCACCUGCCCCCCUCACACUGACCCUGACCUGCCCCCCUCACACUGACCUGCCCCCCUCACACUGACCUGCCCCCCUCACACUGACCUGCCCCCCUCACACUGACCUGCCCCCCUCACACUGACCCUGACCUGCCCCCCUCACACUGACCUGCCCCCCUCACACUGA